UCAAAGAAGCACUAACUUCAACGUGUUAGGUGCUGGGCCGCAAAAAGUAUCAUCAUAAGGGGUGAAUCUCUAUAGAAACACUGGACAUGACUCAAGAAAGUAAGGACAGGAAGACAGUAAUCAGCAACAGACGAAUAAGAACAGAGAAAGUCAAGGCAAAAGUUGAAUACAGAGAAGCGAACAAACAAGGGAAGAGGAGCCUUUGAGCGGACAAUCAGAAAUACCUGAAAGACCUUGGAGUGACAGUGGGUAAAGCUACAAGAGAAGGGAAUAUAAACCAACUAUAUAACACAACGAAAAACCUUGAAGGUAAAAUGGUAAACCAGAGAGAUCAGUCAAGGACAAAGGAGGCAAGCCAAUCACUGAAAUUCAAAAAACAGAGGAACGGGUGGGUAGAAUACAUCGAGCAACUCUUGGAUAGACUAAUCCCACCGAACCUACCGGACAUCGACGCAGCACACACAGACCUUUCUAAAGCUGUCACUCCACCAACGAUCGAAGAAAUGAGGAUGUCUGUCAGACAAACCAAGAGUGCGAAAGCAGCUGAACCUGACAACAUACCAGCUGAAGCACUGAAACCAAACAUUGAAGUAACUGCAAACAUGGUCCACGUUCUAUCUAGUAAGAUUUGUGAAGAGGAACAGGUGCCGACAGACUGGAAAGAAGGAUAUCUCACCAAGAUACCAAAUAAAAGAGAUCUGAGCAAAUGUGAGAACUACAGAUAGCGUAAGGAUCGGUCGUGCACAGAC